AUGAACCCCCCACCUGCUGCACACACCAAGGCUCCCACUGACUCCCAGCCGCGAGCUGCAGAUGGAAUGAACAUUACCAACCCCCCGGCGCAGACCCAAACUCAGACUCAUGAGUGCGAGCACAAGAGACAAGCUAUGCGUCUGCGUGGAGGAGGUGCAGCAAAGCGUUGCUCACCUCGUGCUCAACGCAGGACUGCUUCCUCGGACUCGUCGGCUGCUUCCUUUGUUUCGAAUGCUGCGAAGGCUGCUGUGACUGCAUCGGCGAUAUCAUUUGCUGCCCCUGCGAGAUGA